CAGUCGAAGCUGGGCAGAUAUUCGGCAAGAUCAAGAAACGGAGCGCCGUGGAGCCGUUCCUCCAGCGGCAACCGAACGUUCUGUGUCCGUCAUGGAGAAGCCUGUUAGCACAGCUCGGCGGUUCCCGAGCAAUGCUCGCAAGGCCGAGCGCUCGCAGCAUACACAAAACCCAACCGGGCGCGACGGACCACGUAGAGGACCCGGAAGUCCUACCAAUAAACCCAAUAAGAGUGCCAGGACCGUUGCCGAGAUAGCACUCUUGAGCUCAGUAUCGCCAAUAAUCUCUUCGAGCUUCGGAGUACCAGGGUCUUGCAGGACUUCGCAGUCGGGUGUCCCUCACGCUCAUAACAUAAUGUCAUUUACAUUUCGGGAGGGUGCAAUGUGUUGGCGGCUAACAUUGUUCGGGAAAUCCUUCAUGAACGCGUAAGCGCGACCGAAGGCACGACGAAGGCUCGUCUCUCUCUUGACGCUCGAGGUCGCAAUGUGGGCUCCGGUACGAGAUGGAAGAUGAGCAGGCUCGCCCAUGUUCGAAUUGCGACUCUGGAUGUUUCGCAGAAAACAUCAAUGAAAGCUGCCUACAGUGGCAGUUCCACCCAACACCAGCGCUAUGCAAGCAUUGCUCAUGUUACGCACGGUUACAAACCUUGCCGUAACCGCUCCUGGAA